CUGCUUCUUUCCUUCUUCCUACACAUACUUCACAUCCUUCGACCCAGCAAGCACCUACUCUUUCCGGAACAGUUUCCGAGCGAAGAAAAGCAAACCCCAGUUGAGAAAGUACACACCAUGUCAUCAGCGCCCUCCGACAAGGCCAGUCCUAGCAGCGCUAAAACGCCCCCCUCAGUCUACUUACGCGAAGAAUCUAUCGACUACAGCUGCAUCCCCAAAAGCAAACCGCCGACAUCCUACACAAAUUUCAUCGUCGACUUGAUCAAGGGCUGCAUAUGCUCUGGAGAAACGGGGGUACAAGAAAGGCGCGGACAUUGUCAAGGCAGCAAAAGAGUUAGGGAUAGAGCUCGUCAUUCCGAAGUGCUACCCGACUUUGAAAAGAAGUUGUGGUUUCUGAACGCAUCUUGCGACGAAGGUUGCCGGAAUGCCUGCGACGAAUGUCUCUUGGGAACGCCCUGCCACUUCAACAGGAAAGAGAUAGAGGGAUUCCGUGACGAGAAGCGAGGAAAGGAGUGCGAUCAGCGGAUCGGCACUAAAGUCGCUGAAUACACGAUAAAGGAGGAUCCAUUCCUGAUCCUUGAGCAUCCUCGAGACCCAUGGUUCGGACGCACAAAUGCGCUGGUCUGGCAAAUCCGGUACGACGGCACACCAGAGAGCCUAAAGUGCAAGAGGACGAAAUGGGCAGAGGGUGAUAAACCGGGGAGCGAGGAUGUGCCCUGCCCCGGCGGUUACGAUGCACCGGUCGUGUUCUGGUCUGUGAAGCUGAAGGAAGAUGGUUCUAAGCAUUGGCUCCAGGAGGAUUGGCAGCCCCCUGCCGAAGAUCCGGAUCCCAAGGAAGUACUGGGCGAAGGGCAUGGGUCUAAUGAGGACUAUUCUUCCAGUAGGUAUGAGUAG